AUGGUCUACUACGGCCGGAGCUUGGAAGAGAAGAAGUUAGACGAUAAGUUCGACAAAUGGUUCCUCGAUUACAACAAGUACCGCUCGCUCUACCCGAGGUCAUACAUCACCGAUCCUCUACUCUACAGGUGGAGACUCAAGGACCUCUACAGGAACUCCUACCUUUCCACCAAAUACAAUGACAGCAUAUACAACUUUGAUUACUCGCAUUGGAAGUACCUUUACAAUCGAGAAAAAGAUGACUACAGACGAUACUUGUACGAUAGAGAACGGAGAAAGCUUUACGAAGAUCUUAGCAUGUCUAUCGAUGACGUACGAUAUAAAUAUCCCUACCUUUAUGACUCCUACUACUAUCCAGAUUAUUAUUACCCUUAAAUGUUUUAGAAUUUGAUUGACCACUUGGGGGUUAAAAGAACUGUUACUUUCGACUUUUCUGGUUUAUGAAAAGUUUCUUGAAAGGUAAAAGAUUUCAUGUCAUCUUUCCAUGAUAGAAGAAAGUUAUUGGAUCUCUGGCUAAUCAAGAUACAACCAAGUUCAGUGAAUUUGUGAUUGUGUUUCUUGA